AUGAAGAUCUCUCUGUCCCAGGCCCUUCUCGGACUCGCCAUUUCGGCACAUGCCUCGACGAUCGAGUACACCUCGGUGACGGGCUAUUUCCUCCAGGAUGAGACCGCGACUGAUCCCUCGACUUUCGAUUACACAGCCGUGAACUUUGGCCUCAUUAACCGCACCUACCCAGCGGAUAAAGAGCUCAAGCACCACCAGUCCAUGACUCAAUGGGAGCGCUUCUAUAAUCAAGUUCAAAAAUUCAACGAUGAUUCCCCCAAGCACGUUGAAUACAAGGUUCUCUUCCUUGGUCGCCAUGGAAAUGGUUGGCAUAAUUCCGCUGAAACAUACUACGGCACCCCAGCCUGGAACUGCUACUGGGCCGAACUAAACGGCAACAGCACCGUGACCUGGUUCGACGCCACUCUCACCCCAGCCGGCGAAGGCCAAGCCCUAGUAGCCCACGACUUCUGGCAGAAGCUCAUUGAGGAACAGAAGAUGCACACUCCAGACAACUACUUCGUCAGCCCCCUGACCCGCACCCUCCAAACUGCCAAUCUCACCUUCAAUGGCCUGCACCUGCCCCACGGCUCUGCUCCGUUCGCCCCAGUCAUCAAAGAACUCUUCCGCGAGGGUAUUAGCAUUCACACCUGCGACCACCGCCACAACAAGUCCUACAUCCACUCCAUGUUCCCUCACUGGACCAUUGAGUCCGGCUUCUCCGAGGAAGACAACCUCUGGAACGGCGUCACAGCCGAGACUAGCGCCGCGCAGGACGUGCGUAGUACCAAGGCGCUCGGGGAGGUAUUUUUCAGCGAGUCCAGCAAGAAGAACUCGUAUGUUUCCUUUUUGGGACAUCGUGCUUUCAGCUUGAGUACCGGUGCUGUUAUUCCCGUUCUGGUCAAGGCGGAGAAGAAGGAGGGCAAGGCUACUUCUACAUCUGUCCCGUGGACUGCUAGUGCGCAUUGUACCGUGGCCCCGAUUACGAGUGUGACGGCUUGUGUUUGCCCUUCUAGUGCCGCGCCAGUUACGACGCCGCUUGUUCCUACGGGGUAUUAG